AUGGCUUCCAUGACUGCUUCGAGAGUACACACCGCCAUGACCCCAGUGCACUCCACUGUCUGGCAGAACAAGCUCAUAAAAGCCGUGGCCUUCGCGCUCCCAACUUCCAAGAAUGUUCCGACAGACGCGAAACUGACAUCGUCCANNGGUGGCCGCACUGCUUGGUCCAGUGUGGUUGAGGUCAACGGAUGCAAGCACCAGGCCCGCUACUGGUACGACGGAGACUGGGUCAACAACGCUCGCGAGGACGCUGCAGAAGUCGCUCUCCAGCGCAUGGGUGUGGUUCCUGUACCUCGCGGCCCUCAUGCCCGUCUCCUUGGCUCCAUCAGCGUGUAG